AUGCCCAAGAAAGUUGCAAUAAAGAACGAAAUGCAAAUCGAAAUAUGGGACGAAGAUCACACGAUGAUGAAUCUGUUGCGAUGGAUCAUAAGUAGUGGAUGGGCAGACUACAUUGACGAAGAAACGAACGAGAAGGUCGAAGUCGAUUUCUGUGGAUAUGCGAUACCACACCCAUCAGAACGAGUUUGUGUUUUAACAGUGCAAUUUGUGCACAAAUCUCACCAAAACGGCUCAAACAUUCUGAAUAUUCUGAGGAGCUUGUUUAGCCGUAGAAACAGUUGCAGAUGA